CAGUUAGGGGGAGAGUCUAAGUGGUGUGGAGUGGAACCGUCACUUGGUUGUCUUUCACCAUGGUUGACACGCGUACCGAAACGAGCACCUCCCCUUACACAGAAGCACAGGAGGCGAAAGCCGCCGCCAUCCUAAAUGAGAGAAGAGAGGAGGCCAAUAAGAAGGCCUUGCUGGAAGAACAGGCGGCGAAGAAGAAGAAGAUUGAGGAGGAGAUGGCAAGGGAAAUGGAGAGGUUGCAAAAGGAGGAGGAAGAAAAACUUCGAGCAGUAGAGGCCGAAGAAGAGGUAGAGAAGCAGCCACUGCAGAGGAGAAGAACCAAGCAAAAAGGGGAAUCCAAUGGUGUCAAGGAAGAUCCGUUGGAUGCGAAGAUUACGGAAUGGAUGGCCAAUCUUUCCCUGGGAGAAGAGGAGGAGGCAUUGAUGUAUGUACCCAGGGAAGAGCAGGAGGCGUCCAUGAAAGAGUCGGAUGCAGAGGAAGAUCCACUCAAGCGGCAGACAAUCGAAGAUGAGAAGAGGAUGGUUUGGAAGUUGCGGCUGAUGAGGGAAAGGAAAAGAAGAGUGGAAGCAGUGAGUCAAGCGGCAAGGGAAUUGGAAGAAGUAAAGAAACAGAGAGCGCAGAUGGAGGCGCAGGCGGACCUAUUGGGAAAGGUUCAGGUCAUGGCGAGGAACAUCGAGCGCCUAGCGCAGGUCCACAAAGAGCAGUAUCAAUUUGUUAGGAGUCAGGACAUAGCCCUGCGGUUUAUACGACUGGGAUUCAGGGACUUCACACGUGAGUUGGUGAUGCAGGUGGGCUCAGAGGUGAAGGUCCGCCUAGAGAGCACAAAGCGUUAUCGCACGGGCGCCAUAGAGGGCGCCAGGCUGGCCGCACCCAAGGAGGAGGAAUCACGUCCUCAUAGAGAGCCUGUUAAAGUGAAGUUCCCCGACAAUUGGGAGGCCAACAUUAAAACGUACGUGCACUUGCAGAAGGUCGCUCCGGACGAACACGUCCUGAUAGCUAUCCACGCUUAGGGAGGAAGCAGCAACUUUCAUCCAUUCUUUGUGUCGCGCCGCCAAUUGCAACGAUGACGUAGUUGCAUAUUCAACAUUCACCCCUCUCAGCGAUUUCCUUAAAUCAUUGAGGGAACGGUUUGCAGAUGUUACCCGUAGUGUCAAAGCCUCAGAUAAACUGCAAACCAUCCA